UUGCUGCAAACUUGUGGAGAUUCAGACAUGAUGAAGUUUGUGGUUCUCGCUCUCUUUGUUGCAGGCGCCUAUGGGUGCGGCCAGCCAGCCGUCACCCCUCUGGUGACCAGCAGGGUGGUUGGAGGAGUGGAUGUCAACGCUCACAGCUGGCCCUGGCAGAUUUCCCUCCAGUACAACAGAGAGGGCGAAUGGAGACACACCUGUGGAGGCACUCUGAUCUCCAACCAGUGGGUCCUCACCGCUGCUCACUGCAUCAGCAGUGGCAGGGAGUACAGGGUGGCCAUGGGAAAACACAACCUGGUGCAGACGGAGGACAGCGCUGUGUUCAUGGGCCCUGCCAGCAUCAUCGUGCACGAGAAGUGGAACCCAUUGUUCAUCCGUAAUGACAUUGCCCUGAUCAAGCUGGAGUCCCCCGUCACCUUCUCUGACUCCAUAAUGGCCGCCUGUGUCCCUCCUGCCGGCGCCACCCUCGCCCAUGACUACCCCUGCUACGUCACCGGAUGGGGCCGCCUUUACACUGGAGGUCCCAUUGCUGACAUCCUGCAGCAGGCCCUCCUGCCCGUGGUGGACCACGCCACCUGCACCAAAUCUGACUGGUGGGGUUUCCAGGUGAAGGACACCAUGGUCUGCGCAGGAGGAGACGGAGUCGUGUCUGGUUGUAAUGGAGACUCUGGCGGCCCUCUGAACUGUAAGAACUCUGCUGGUUCCUGGGAGGUUCACGGCAUCGUCAGCUUCGGCUCCGGGCUCAAAUGCAACUUGAAGCAGAAGCCCACUGUCUUCACCAAAGUCAGCUCCUACGUCGACUGGAUCAACUCUAAAAUGGUGGCCUAUUGAAACGACGGGCUUCCCGGACCAAAACCGCCAUGUGCACAUAUCAAAUAAAUAAAAUGUGGAGCUGUUAAUAAAAUGAAAUAAAGUGCCAAGAUUUUGUGUUA